ACAUACCGUCAUAUCGGCAUGCUUUUCAAGCACUAUUUCAGAGCCCAGAAAAGGAAUUCCUCCAAUCUUCCCAGCCCACUCUCCAACACGUGAAGAAGGCCUAGUCAAAGCUCCUAUUCAAAAAACAAAAACAAACAGCUACCAAAGUCACCUGAAACAUGGCAAUAUCGCAUAUGAAUGUCAAACAAACCACUUCAUCCGCCGGGAUUGGCGGUACCGGGAGUGGUUGCCUCUUGCAUCUCCCCACGCAGACUUCGCUUCUUCUUCAAAAACAGCCAGAGCGCCGCGGCAGACGCAAGCGAUGCCCCGCCAGCGGCGCCGGCUAUCGCGUAUGUUGUGGUUUGCGUCAUCGUUGUCGUCCCAGCUGUGCCGCCCACCUUUAGACUUGGGUCGUUGAUGGCUGUGGCAGGGCUGGUGGACUCGCUGCUGGUGGACUUGCUGGUGGUGGACUUGCUGGUGGUAGCGGUGGCAGGUUCAGUGUUAGCGUCAGGACUACCGCUGGUUCUAGUGCCAGUGCCCACGCCCCCGGCUCCAGCAUCGGUCAUCGCCACCCCAGCGCUAUAUGUAGUGGUGCGUGCGGGACGGCUGGAUGUGGUGCUAGGGGACUGAGCGCUAGGGGGCUGACCCACCGUGAUACUGACGGUUUUCGAGGCAGUGCCGUCCGAUACCUCCAACCU